AUGGCAGAAACUUAUUCAACAAGAGAGCUGGAAUGGUUUAACUUAGAAACAAGAAUGAGAGACCUACUCCACGAACAGCUCUCUAGUAUUGGAGUAAAAGCUGUGAAAGACAGAGAAUCUCAAACUCAACUGAAAAUUACAACUAUGCAACUUGAAAAAAGGAUUGAAGAGCUCGAAAAAGCAGUUUUAGGAAGCAAUUCUCCUGAAUCAGCUUAUUUUACUAUGAAUUCCAAAAUUGCUGAAAUUGAAGGCUGUAGAAAACAAGACAUUGUUAAGUUCGAUCAAGAAUUUGCAACAUCAAAAGAAAAACUCAGGUUUUUCCAUUCUCAGCUUUCUGGCUUUCAAGAAACAGUUAAGCAUUUAGAAGACAUGAAUGAAAAAAUGAACUUAGAUAUGCAGCAACUGAAAAUACUUAUAGAGGAUAACAAAACAUUGAUUCUUGGAGAAAUAGGCUCGCUAACCGACAGCUUUAAAGAACUGAAUAAAACUUAUGUUGAAAUUGCCAAAAAAGCUGACGAAAGAUCAAUACAAGCUUUGCAUUCAAUCAGCACACAAGCAAUAGAUCUAAAAAAACAAGAACAAAUGAUCCAAGCAUCUAAAAUAGAAUACCUGAAUUUAUCUAAUUUUUUAAGAGAACUACAAGUAGCAAAAGUAGAAAAUAAAGAAUUCGAAGAUGAAAGAGCUAAAACUGAAGAGAGGUUUAAGAAACUUGAAGUAGGGAUAACUGGCAUUAAAGGUGAUAUAGAAAAAAGAGAUAUUUUUAUUGAGAAGUUUUUACCAAUAAAUGUUGCUGCAUAUGUCUCAGACGUCCUUUACAAUAUUGUAGACCCGCCAACAAGAAGAAAGCUAGCUGAAUUUGAAAACUUCAAAUUAAGAGAGCUGCAUAAUGAUGCUCUAGACUGUAAAAUUCCAGACCCAAUAGACACAGCUGUAUCAAAUAUAUUAGAAAAUUUCAAACAUGUAGAACAAAGGAAAAUGGAAACUCUUGCUGAGAAAAAAAAUAGAAAAUGGGACAGAAGCUCCUCAAUUAAAUCUGGGCUCAGCGAAACCACUGGGCAUAGUCAUAAAGAAUCCAAUGGACAUAUCACCACAACGCAGCUUUCUGCUAUUGAAGAAUAUUCCCCUUACAACAGAGAAAGAAUUGCUGAAGACAUGCAUGGGACAUUUGAAAAAAUGCUAGAAGAACAAAUUGGAUUAGCUGAAUACAAGCUCAGGCAAGAAAUUAACGAAAAAACCACAACUAUAAAAGCGUCAUUGAAAUCAAGCACCGAUGAAUGCAUGCUAUUUAUCCAACAAGUAUUGGGUGAUGUAGAAGCAUUAGAUGAAAGGACAAAAAAAGAAAAACUAGAAACGAUUUUGGAGAAUUCUGAGCUGAAAAAAGAAGCUGAAGAGCUUAAAAAAGAAUCAAGUGGUUUAAGGAAUUCUUUGCAUAGCCUUGUACAGAUGGUUGUAUGCCUUGUAGAAAAUGCUCAAAUCGAACAAGCAUUGGCUGCUCAAGACGAAGAAGAUAGGCAUGGGACUGUCCAAAAUCUAGAAAAAGAGCUGUCUAGUGAGCUUGCUUUAGCAAAGCCAAAAAUGACUCCAGAGCCUCUGCCUCAGUCUACUUUGCCUUCUGCAAAUUUUACGUUUCAAAAAAAAUGUCUCGCUUGUGGAGGCGCUACUUCAAUUUUAUCAGGAAUUAGAACUGCCAUGACUUAUAGACCAACACCUCUUUAUUACAGAAAUAAAAAGUUCAAUAGACUUGAGCUGAUUGAGCUCAAAGGAAAAAUGCUAAAAAAUUGCUGGGACUCUGUGUCUGAAAACCUGCCUUGGAAGCAAAAUGAUCUUGAAUCUAUAAUAGCUGAGGCCACAGAUGUUCUUAAGCAGACAGAGAUGUCUAGUGAAAUUUCAAGACCAAUCACAUCUCAAACUACAAGAGAUAAAGGCUCCCGUAUAGCUCCGCUUUUGCGGUCGAAAACCCCGCACAAAGGAAGGAAAUAUAAAGCUCUUUUGUAA